GGCAGCACCGCUGUGUCUGCUUCCGGUUGAUAUAAUAACAAAGCAGAAGAAGGACGACAGAAAGCUUCUCGAAAAUGUCUGAGUACGCCGCGGCCCAGAAGAGUGCCCUCAAAUUAAAAGGUGUUGGGGCUGUUUCAGCUGCAAAAAAGAAGAAGAAGAAGGAUAAAGAGAGCAAGCAUCGCCUGGAGCAGGUCGCAACCAAUCAAAACGACGAGGAGGUGAAAUCCAAGAAAGCUUAUGUUGACAAAAGGACGCCGGCACAAAUUGCUUUUGACAAGAUGCAAGAGAAGAGGCAAAUGGAGAGAAUCUUGAACAAAGCAUCAAAGACACACAAACUCAGAGUGGAGGAUUUCAAUCGCCACCUGGACAACCUGACAGAGCAUUACGAUAUUCCCAAGGUCAGCUGGACCAAAUAGAAGAGAAGCAAAUGUUCAUUUUGUUGUUUUCUUCACCGCUUGUACAUCACUUUUUUGACAUUUAUUUGCUAGCUUUAUAUAUUAACUAUUAAAAUGUGUUCAAUUGGCAUUCUUUUGUUGUAAUUCCACGUCAAUACAAUAAAGGAUUUGAGUAAACGCGCA